AUGUCUUACCGCGACAACGACAACGACAACACCAGCUCCGGCUACGGCAACACCGACAGCUACAGCUCCGGCCGCCGCAACGACGACAGCGGCUUCGGCUCGUCUGGCCGCGACAAUGAUAGCUACGGUUCCAGCGGCCGCACCGGUGGCGGCGACAGCUAUGGCUCCUCUGGCCGCACCGGUGGCAGCGACACUCUUGGCGGUUCGGGCGGCUCGUAUGGCUCCUCAGGCCGUACCGGUGGCGGCGACAGCUACGGCUCCUCGGGCCGCGACAACGACAGCUACGGCUCGUCUGGACGCACCACCGGCGGUGACAGCUAUGGCUCCUCCGGGCGCACUGGUGGCAGUGACACCCUAGGCGGCGGGUCCUACGGCUCGUCCCGCCGCGACGACGACGACUCGUACGGUUCGUCGGGUCGCACCACUGGCGGCGACUCGUAUGGCUCCUCCGGCCGCACUGGUGGCACCGGCACCUAUGGCUCCUCUGGCGGUGACGACUCGUACGGCUCCUCUGGCCGCACCGGUGGCAGCGACUCGUACGGUUCUUCUGGCCGUACCGGCGGCAGCGACACCCUCGGCGGCUCGGGUGGCUCCUACGGCUCGUCGCGCCGCGACGACGACAGCUACGGCUCCUCUGGCCGCACUGGCGGCACGGGCACCUACGGCUCGUCCGGCGGUGACGACUCGUAUGGCUCGUCGGGCCGCACCGGCGGCAGCGACACCUAUGGCUCCUCUGGCGGCGACACCUACGGCUCGUCGAGCAGCCGCCGCGACCGCGACGAUGACAACAACCGUGGCGGCGACAGCACCGUCGGCAAGCUCAUGGAGAAGGCCGGCGGCAUCCUCGGCAGCAGCAAGCUCGAGGAGCGCGGCCACCAGAAGCGCGAGGAGAGGGGCGGCAACGACUACUAA